AUGCUCUUCAACAACGCCAUUGUCGCCAUCGCUCUCAGCGUCGCUGUCAACGCCCUUCCCCAGACAUACCCCAAUAAGUGUGGCGACCAGGUCUGCCCUGCUGAUAAAGCCAAGUGCUGCGAGGUCAUUGUCAACGGAGUUGCUGAAAUUGGAUGCUUUGCUGAAUGCCCACCUAUCCAAGCUCUCCAGCGUCGACAGACGUACCCAAACAAAUGUGGCGACCAAGUUUGCCCUUCAGACAAGUCCAAAUGCUGCGAGGUCAUUGUCAACGGAGUUGCUGAAAUUGGAUGCUUUGCUGAAUGCCCACCUAUCCAAGCUCUCCAGCGUCGACAGACGUACCCAAACAAAUGUGGCGACCAAGUUUGCCCUUCAGACAAGUCCAAAUGCUGCGAGGUCAUUGUCAACGGAGUUGCUGAAAUUGGAUGCUUUGCUGAAUGCCCACCUAUCCAAGCUCUCCAGCGUCGACAGACGUACCCAAACAAAUGUGGCGACCAGGUCUGCCCUUCAGACAAGCCCAAAUGCUGCGAGGUCAUUGUCAACGGAGUUUCUGAAAUUGGAUGCUUUGAGGAAUGCCCUGCUCCACCCUCAGCCCAAGAAAAACUUCAACGCCGCGAGCAACCUACGGCCACUGCUGCAGCUUCUCCACCCAUUCCCACCUUUGGUCCUAAGUGCGGAGACUCUUUCUUCUGUCCUGUCGGCCAGGUCUGCUGCCCUAAUGCUCUCUACCACUGUGCCGACCCUGACAAGGUCAGCCAACAAUGCCCUCAGUAA